CUUCUCUCAGCGGAAACUCUUACCUCGACUACUGGUUCUGAUUGGUCAUCGAGAAUUGCGGACGAAGGCUGGUCCGACGAAUUGGAAUCCGUCUCAUCCGGUAUUCCUGCUGACUGGUUUUCAGGAGACCAGAUACUAGACAUGAGAAUCUCUAUAAGAACAUCGGCAUCGGAUAUAUCCGUCAACAUGGCUUUGGACUCUGAUGAAAGCCGUCUACCGAGUGAAGAGGUGGCGGUUGCUCGCUCCGAUGAGAGCGUGACUCCCAGCGACCCUGCUAGCGACAACGGCAUGGCUCCUGCUCGUAAUCGGACCCAUGCUCCGAAACUGGAGAGAAUGGAACCUUCUUCUAAUUCCAGUAUGAUGGACAGUGACGACGAUACUCCCGAAGAGGAUUCGAUUCUUGAUGGCCCAAUACAUAGACCUAAUGAUAAUGAGGAGCCAUUUGAUUAUGAGACAUCUCAGAGCACUUUCCAUCUUGCAACACCUUCGAAUAAUGGAUCUCCAGAUUCUGGCCAGGUUAUUGGUCCAACUCUUCCUCCUGCAUCUAUUGGACCUUCUCUUCCUCCCCCAACUAUUGGACCUAGUCUUCCUCCUACUAUUGGGCCUUCCCUCCCUCCCGCAUCCAUCGGGCCUUCUCUUCCUCCUGUGGCUAUUGGGCCGGCUCUCCCAACCUCAAUCACUGGACCCUCACUCCUUCUCCCAGUUGCUGGACCCUCUCCACCAACUUCCGGUGUGGGGCCUUCUCUACCCUCUUUCGCCGGUAGUUCAUCCCUCUCACACCAGCAAAUUGGGCCAUCUCUCCCACCCUCGUCUGUGGAGCCUUCCAUUCUGCUCUCAAACGUUGGGCCGUCUCCUCCUACCUCAGGUAUUGGGCCUUCGCUUCCCGCUCCAACUACUUGGUCAGCUCUUCCAAAUCAGCACGUUGGACCUUCACUCCCGCCCACGGCUAUAGGUCCAUCCCUUCCUCCUCAGAACAUUGGGCCGGCCUUACCACGCCGAGAAAUCGGACCUGCUCUUCCACCAGGAUUUGCUAUUGGCAACAACGGAGAUGAGGUGAGCUCUUAA